AUGUCCAGGGUUCAGAAGGAGCAUGAUAGGAACCGUGCCACAAAAAAAACUCAUCAACCCACCCAAUCUGGCCUUCUUGCAAUGUCAAACCUACUUCAAGUUCAUUCUAAUGACAUAGGUGUUUCUUCUGGUGAUGCUUCUGGAGCUUGUAAUCCGGAAGCACUUGGAAAGUGUGGUCACUUCAGAAUCGAUUUGAUGAGUCAGAGUACAUGGCCGAUUUUGAGAAUCGCCUUUGACACCUUUGGAGCUCCUAGAAACGCGACCAGUCAUCAUCUCAUCAAAGCGAGCUCGAGGAGGAAAACGGCUCUGCGACAAGUGACACGGAAAUUACGGGUCCAUCUUCGAAUGAAUCAUGACAUUCGAGUUUCAGAGUAG